AUGCGACGCGAUGUGACUACGCGCCUCAGCCUCAUUCAGGUUGACGAGUUUGCUUCUGUCCUCAUGCAUAGUCUUAGAGUGUUGCAAAAGCAGCCACUCGCAUUUACUCCUGAGGUGAGACAAGUCAUUCAAGCCUCACUCACCAUCAUGGUGACAAAUCCACGUCAUUACCAGAGCAGUCCUAUGAACAUGCGUUUCACUGCAUCCACAAUAAUCGCACACGAAUGGCUUUGCGUGCAAUCACCAAUUUAUUUGGCAAACAGCUCACACUGCAAGAUUGCUAGUUAA